CGCGCUCUUCGUGCUCGGGGCGAGUCGGUUUUGGUUUUGGUUCAGUCUGAGCGUUUGCUCGGAGAAGAGCGAGCGCAGCGCGAGACAGAGAGCAGAGCAGCGGAGAUGGUGCACGAGUGCGCGAGAGACGGGGGGAGAGGUGACAGAACGCGAUGACUCACUGAGUGCCUCAGCGAGCGAGCGAGCGAGCGCCCGCGCGAGCGUGCGUGGUGUUGUUGUUUUGGGAGGCGCGACGAGACGAGCCGAGCCGAGACGCCAAGGCUGAUGCGCAAGUGGAGUAAUGACGUACGUCUUUUGAAUGUCCCCGGUUUCUUUCGUUGCCUUUCCGGCUGAUGGUGGGCGUGAGGGUGCGAGAGAGCUUGAGCUUGGGCACUUUUCGUCAGCAUCACCAGCAUUGGUUUAGGGUGGGAGUGCGUCCCAGGCCGUUGAUGGCUGGGUUGGAAUCACCAAACACCAUUCUGAGAAGGAUGCUCCGUUCGGAUCGAUUUUAUGUUCUCAUUCUCCUUAAUUUGGCCCUUUAGUGUUCUCCCCUCGUCUCUGCAAGCGAUUAAUUGUUGGAGUUUUGCCUCAUUUCCUUCUCUGCCUCCUUGGCUCCCAGAAGUUUAAAACCCAGACCCACGGUGUGUUGCUUAUUCCCCCAGUUGUCCAUACUUUCAGAAAUGUCUCCACCUCUUUCUCGCACCUAAUUCUGGUAGGGAGCAGUGCUCACUUCAUUUCGGUGGUUUGUCACCGAGGAAGCUAGUAAAUUAAGACGAGGACUCUGCAAACGAAAAUUUCGUCUACAACACCUUCGGAUGCAAUGUCGUAGAUGCGGGAAGGCCUGGAGCUGUUCCGCCUUCCUUGCAGGACACGCCCUUUAUUUCAGUCUUGGAAACUUGAUGUGACGAGUCGUCUUGCACCGUCUGGCACUGUCUUUGGACUCCGGCCUUACAAUUGUAGGUGUAAGCGUCGCGGAACCAUGCGUUUUAUUGGUCUCGGCCAUUGAGACGAAUCCAGGCUGGAGCUACUCAAGUUCAAAUGGGAAAUUGGCUCAUGAGUUUCUUAUGACUUUUGUUGUUUCUCCAGAAGUCAUGGUCCUUCUGUUAGUUUUCAACUCCGAAUAAGCUGGAGCAAGGCCUUCCUCUAUUUUUAUCCUCGUGUGUGCAUCUGUCUGAAGUCCAGAACGAGUUUCUACCUGCGGCAGAACCAAGGCAGCCAGAGGAUUGAAUUGUGGAGGUGUAGGUAAUCACAAACAAGCCAGUCUGGAAAGGAAGGGAGGAGAUAUUGGUCAUUUUUCAGGAAAUUAGGGUUGAAUUAUCAAAUUGUCCGAGGAUAGCUGCAGCGAGUAGCAGUUUAUUACAAUUUACGCUUACAGAGUCAGACCUCAAAACUCUGAGAAUUAGACGCCCUAGAUGUGUUCUGCCUGCGAUUUUCACGCUGCGAAGGUGCUGGCUGAGAGGAAGUGAAGCGUUGAUAGUAACGGGGAGCGAUGAUAGUCAGAACUUACCAACGGCGGAACAGGCCCAGUCGUAGCCUGUCAGAGGGUGGAAAUGCGUUUGGCGAUGGCGUGGGAAGCUCUGGCUCCCAAGAAUCUAUUUGGGGUGGGGCUCAAGAACCCCAACCUUUCUCCUUCCCUUCUUCGCAGGAGUCGUGUUGGUCUCAGUCGGACCAUAGAAGUACUAGCCGUUUACCUCUGAACUCAAGAAGGUUUUCUCAAGAUGAUGAUCUCAGCGCAGAUGCGCUCUCAAGUCUUGGUUCUAGACCACCUCUUUCUCGGUCAUACAGUGAAAGGCCAAAGAAGGGUGAUGAAGGAAAGCCCAGUAGAAGCAAACUGAAGAAAUCACAGAGUGAUCUUCCAGGAUCGCUUAUUAGUGAAACGAGGAAUGGCUUCAGUCGAGGUGCUGAACGGAGACGUUCUUCGGACCUCCAUGGGAAGGAUAGUCAGGAAAAUGGAGGAGGAAGUUCGAGUGGAAAGAGAGAGUCAGUUUGGGUCGAUGCUUUGAACAACACAAGUGCUUGGGGGCUUAGUGCCCCACCUACAUCGACAUUAAUGGAGGCACAGGAGUCUGGUGAGAUGAUGGAGCACGUCGACGAAGCAAACUUUGCUUUGGAUGGACUUAAACCUGAGCAGCCGUUGCGCGUUCAGCGAGCUAGCCUCACAUCUCUUCUCACGCUGUGCGGUUCAAUGCAUCAGCGGAGAUUGCUGCGAACUCAAGGGAUGGCUAAGCCUCUUGUCGAUGCAAUUGUUGCACUACCCACUGACGAUGCAGCUCUGUCUCUCGCUGCCGCAGCCGUGUUAUAUUUCCUAGCAAGUGAUAGUCAGGAUGAAGAUCUCCUGGAUUCUCCUUCCUGUGUCCGUUUUCUUAUGAAAUUGUUGGGCACACGCCCUUCUGAGCCAGUCGUGAAGAAGGGCUUGACUGCGAUAGGCAGCAGAUUGGCUGCACUGUCAAAGUCCAGUCUUCUAAAAAGUAACACAACUUUUAGCGCUGAUCGUGGAGGGGGAGCAGUUGUGACCAAAAUUCGUGCUCUGUUCAAGAGCCUCCCAGAGCAUGGUGCUGGAUUAGGCAACACGAGUGAAGAAAAUGGAAUGCUUCCAGGUGAAGAGAUUAAUUCCAAAUGGUUGGCUUUAUUGACACUCGAGAAGGCGUGCCUUUCAACUGUGGUCCUUGAAGAUAGCACAGCCGAAACUGUCAGAAAAGUUGGGGGCCAAUUCAAGGAACGGUUAAGAGAACUUGGAGGCCUGGAUGCUGUAUGUGAGCUUGCGGCCGGUUGCCUGGUGAAUGUCACGGAGGCCUUGAAAUUGAAAGAUGCGGAGACCUUGAAACAUGUUGACCUCGUCGCUUUGGAGAGGAGUGAGAAAUCGGGUGGUGUUGGUGUGCUUCUGAGGUGCUUGCGAGUGAUGGAGAACGUGACUUUUCUUAGUGAGCAAAAUCAGAAGCAUUUGUUGGAGCUGAAGCUGCCUAAAGGGAAAGCUAAUGAGGGAGAAUCAUUCAUUGGGCUAACAAUGAAUGUCAUCAACACUCUUUCAGAACUAUCUCAAAGGCAGAAACAAACUCAGAACGUGGAUCCUUCCUCAUAUCCACACUGCGAUGGCAGUGGAAUAGGAAAAGAGAUUUCUCAUUUAUCUCAAAAGUCUGAAGGCAUAGAGUCUUCUACUGUUUGCAAAGGAAGCAUGCAAACCCUUGAUGCUGACCUCUGUGAAACUAAAGACACGCCUCCAUGGCAGGAACAUAAAGAAGACACACAACGAUCUGAACCAUCUGCUUUAGGCAAAAGUACCUCAUCUGUGAUUACCUUUCAGAGGCGCAAGUCGUUGAAGGCCCAUUCGUCACUGCAGGUUUUGGAUGAUUCUGAAAAAAGUCAAGAAACGUCACUGUUAUCAGUGGACUCUCUACUAGGAGAGCAGUCCCGAGAACCUCCAACUGUGGGGAGUGUUGACCGCAGCAGUGAGAAGGUAUCAAAAAUUUUUUACAAGCGGAAAGCAUCACAUGUGAAAUCUGAACUUCAUCAUAAAUCAACAAGCGGGACGGAAGAGGUUGAAAUUUCAGUACAGUCUGACGUUGGCGUAGAGUCGAAAGCCUGCAAAAUCAGGCAUGGUGGAAACUCCUUACACGAGGAUUCUCAAGAUCCAUUUUCUUUUGAUGAUAUUGAAAGUAAAAUGAAGGGAGACCUAAAGAAGAAGACGUUUGAAGACUCACAGGAUCCGUUUACCCUGGAUGAUAUCGAUCUUGACCUGAAAGACACCAAGAAGAAGCCAAAGAGAGCUCAACCAGCGAAGUCUGUAGCCCAGUCUAAGAAACGAGGACCUUUGAUUAGUGCUACAAUUGAAAACAAAGGAGCAGUGAAGGCAACGGUUGUGGCAGAGGUACUGGACGAGAAAAAUACAACAUUGAAGUCACCCGUUGAGGAGGAAAAUUCCAAACAAGAAGCUGUUAUCGGUGACUGCCUUUUAUCUGGAGUGAAGGUCCUGAUGAAUCUUACCAACAACAAUCCUGUCGGUUGCCGCCAAGUAGCAGCUUUUGGCGGCUUGAAGACAUUGUCGUCUCUUCUGAUCGCCCACUAUCCAUGGCCUAAGGCACCUGUUUUGUUACCUGAUUGCAAAGACGUUCCCACAGGGGAUGAAGCCCAAGGUGUUAUCACGAAGGAAUCAGACCAUGAUCUCGAUAUUGUGGUCACUGUUUUAGGAGUUCUCUGUAAUCUUGUUGAGAAAGAUACCUGUAACAGGACUCGACUGGCCAGUCUAAUGCUGCAAGUACCUCCUAGUAUUGCAAGAACCAAAGAAGGUGAACUUUGGCAAGAGGAGGGGAUGGUUGCUUUGCUUUGUUCCCUCUUUCUCACCAAACAGGGUGCCGGUGAAGCUGCCGAAGCUGAAAACAAAAGAGUCAUGGAGAUAGAUGAAGAGGCAAGCUUUAAGCAAGGGCAAGCGGAAGCUGAGGAUAUGAUCGUAGAAGCAUAUACAGCUCUACUUCUUGGUUUCCUAUCAAAAGAAAGUGAAAGAUCACGCACUGCAAUUGCCCAGCUUUUACCUGAGGAUGGCCUCAAAGUUCUAGUGCCCGUCCUGGAGCGGUUUGUGGCUUUCCAUCUUUCCCUGAAUAUGCUAGCACCGGAGACGCAUGCAGUGGUUAGAGAUGUGAUUGAUUCUUGCAAGCAACCCUUAGCAAAUCAUCCUGCAGUCUAAAUACCACUUUGGAGAAAGAUAACAAGUGUUCUUGCAUCUGAAGUCUACCCCAAAGUCUACCUGGGGUUUUUACUGGCCCAGGACAGCCCUUGUACAUUUAAUUUGUCACUUAUCACCAAUACCUUUGGGUAGUACAGUAGCUCAAAUCUUUCUCCGUUCUAAUAUUCUUUGACUAGGCAACAGUAUCUUCAGCAAUACACGAUGCCUAGUUUGUAACAGUAAGUGCUGAACUUGUUCAUCCUUUCACCUGGAUACUGCCUUGCCUGCCAUGAGAACUCAGUUAACCAUGGCGAACCCCCUGAGUAGAGGUUCUAUGGGGUGCUUGUUCGUCAUGGGAACAUGCCCUCCUGGUGAGUGAUUUAAAAUUAGUGGGUAGAUGUUAAAGACAACUGACCAGUGACCAAACCUACGAGAAAGAGAGGAAGUGGUGCUGGUAGACUAGCACAGAUCUGGAGGCCCUAAUGGUUGCAGCCAACUGGCUCCCGCAAUAGGAGUCCACCUAGUGUAGAAAUGAGUAUUUAUCUGAGGAAAUUAUCAAAGGAAUUCACAAAGGAAAUCAUCAGAUGCGUGUACUCCUUUUU